CUCAAUGAAUCGAAUCAACGAAAUGGAAGUGACAAAAACACCAACACCUUCCAUCCUGAAACUGAUGGAAUCAUCCGACGAGAUACUGCAGGACACGCCGGACAAGAUAGAGCAUAUUGCUGCUACUGCUGCUGCUGCUGCUCGGCAAAUACAACAACAAAUAAAACGUACACGUUCAGGCUCACAGCCUGGCGUUACCCCGCUCUCGUCACAUGACCAAAAUGCCGUUGAAAACAAACAGGACACGCCGGACAAGAUAGAGCAUAUUGCUGCUACUGCUGCUGCUGCUCGGCAAAUACAACAACAAAUAAAACGUACACGUUCAGGCUCACAGCCUGGCGUUACCCCGCUCUCGUCGCAUGACCAAAAUGCCGUCGAAAACAAACAGGAAUCGGGUCUUUCAACAAUUCUUUCACGUUCAUCCUCAAGCGUAUCGCUUUCUCCAUGUUCCGAUCGUCCACGCAAACACUGCAGUAGAAGUAAAUUUCGCGUGGAGACGUGUACUCGUAUACAAAAGCGUUUGAAACUCUUCACAGCAAUGCCACCAUCACUUCAGCGUCUUCAGACGAUGCUUCAAUGUGCCUUGGCGGUGUACAAAUCGAAUUUGGUGAUCGAACGUUUCAAUAAAAUGCCUGAACAUUGCCAAAAUUAUGGUUUGGCACGUGAAUUGUUGGCACGGGCAUAUCUGGAGAAGCUUGAUUAUUCGAAAACAGCCGAAAUUUUGGAAGCUGUUCACAACGAAUUUCCACAUCGCGUUUCGGGAAUGGAGAUUUUUUCAACAGCACUAUGGCAUGCGCAGGAUUCUCGACGCUUAUCGAUGCUUGCCAGUCACAUGACCGAAGAGUGCCGUAUGAGUCCCGAAUCGUGGUGUGUGGCUGGCAAUUGUUUCAGUGCCCAAAAACAGCACGAAAUGGCAAUAACGUGUUUCGAGCGUGCACUUGCACUCGAACAUCAUUACCCGUACGGUUAUACAUUGCUUGGACAUGAACUACUGGAUAUGGAUCAGCGAGCGCUGACACUCUCACCAACGGAUUAUCGAGCAUGGUUUGGCUUGGGCCUGUUGCAUUUCAAGAAGGAGCAAGUGAAUCUGGCACGUGUGCAUCUGAGUCGAGCUGUUGCACUGAAUCCCUAUAAUUCAGUGCUGCUUUGUCAACUCUCUGUGGUCGAGCAGGCUUUGCAUAAUAACGCUGUGAUUUUUUCAACAGCACUAUGGCAUGCGCAAGAUUCUCGACGCUUAUCGAUGCUUGCCAGUCACAUGACGGAAGAGUGCCGCAUGAGUCCCGAAUCGUGGUGUGUGGCUGGCAAUUGUUUCAGCGCCCAAAAACAGCACGAAAUGGCAAUAACGUGUUUUGAACGUGCACUUGCACUCGAACAUCAUUACCCAUACGGUUAUACAUUGCUUGGACAUGAACUACUGGAUAUGGAUCAGCGAGCCCUGACACUCUCACCAACGGAUUAUCGAGCAUGGUUUGGCUUGGGCCUGUUGCAUUUCAAGAAGGAGCAAGUGAAUCUGGCACGUGUGCAUCUGAGUCGAGCUGUUGCACUGAAUCCCUACAAUUCAGUGCUGCUUUGUCAACUCUCUGUCGUCGAGCAAGCUUUGCAUAAUAACGCUGUGGCAAUGGAUUUGUUGCAACGGGCUCUGAAAAUUUCGCCUGAUAAUACCGCUUGCCGAUUCUACCGUGCUCGUCUUCUCUAUGAACUUCAUGAUUAUGUUCAGUGCCGCGAUGAACUGAAUGACCUUAAGCGUAGUGCUCAUGACGAAGCACAGGUAUUUUUCCUUCUCGGUCGUGUGCACAGAAGGCUUGGUGAUACACAUCUGGCACUGCUGAACUUCAGCUGGGCCGCCGAGAUGGAUCCACGAGGUGAGCAGAGCCAAAGUAGUCUUUCAGAUGCGCCAUAUGAUGACGAUGCAACAACGGCAACGGUAGUGGAUGUAGUUUCGGCUGAAUAAAC